ACAUCACACAUUGAGUCAAUGUCAAAGACACAAGACAAAACAAAGUAGGAGUAACCCACUCACCAAAACCCUUAUUAAUCCUUGUCACCAAGAUCAUCAACAAACAAUCAAACAUAGUAGUACUAGUAUCAAUUAUCAUUACACUAUUUCUUCGAUACUAUCGAAACAAACACAAAAAUCCCAUUUCAUAUCUAUCUUUUACUUCUCCAUUCCUCCAUCUUCACUCUCCAAGAACACAGCUUCUUCCAUCAAUGGCGGCCUGUUCUCAAGCAAUCCUCCAUGGGGCAGUACACAACAUUCUUUCUCCCAAAUCUGAAUCUUUAAGCUCCUUCAAACUCCCUCAUCACAAACUCCGCCAUUAUAGAGGAACUUACAGUUCUUUUGCUUCUCGCCGCGGCAUCUUAUAUGUUUCUGCCAAAAGGGCUGCUCCCCUUGAGCUUCUUCCUGUUUCUCCUGAUGAUGACACCCAGGGACAGGAGCAUUUUGAAUAUCUAAGUGGGCUUCAUGUUGGGGAAGCAACCAAUGGUGUGUGGUCGAAGCCGAUUGUAGGAAGGAAAACUAAGAUUGUUUGCACCAUUGGUCCGUCCACCAAUACGCGUGAAAUGAUAUGGAAGCUUGCUGAAGCUGGGAUGAAUGUAGCUCGACUCAAUAUGUCUCAUGGAGAUCAUUCUUCUCAUAAGAAAGUUAUUGACUUGGUCAAAGAGUAUAAUGCUCAAUCUAAGGACAAUGUCAUUGCCAUCAUGCUCGAUACAAAGGGGCCUGAGGUGAGGAGUGGUGAUUUACCACAACCAAUUAACUUAGUAAGUGGUCAAGAAUUCACUUUCACGAUCCAAAGAGGAGUUGGCACGACAGAUUGUGUCAGUGUUAACUAUGACGAUUUUGUGAAUGAUGUAGAAGUUGGUGAUAUGCUUCUUGUCGAUGGUGGUAUGAUGUCAUUACUUGUGAAAUCGAAGACUGAAGAUUCGGUGAAGUGUGAAGUUGUUGAUGGGGGAGAGCUUAAAUCUAGGCGGCACCUUAAUGUCCGGGGAAAAAGUGCUACAUUGCCAUCUAUUACUGAAAAGGACUGGGAUGACAUCAAGUUUGGCGUUGACAAUGGCGUUGAUUUUUAUGCCGUCUCAUUUGUCAAAGACGCAGCUGUUGUUCAUGAAUUGAAGGAUUAUCUAAAAAGUUGUAAAGCCGACAUCCAUGUCAUUGUAAAAAUUGAGAGUGCCGACUCAAUCCCAAACUUGCAUUCAAUUAUCACUGCUGCUGACGGGGCUAUGGUUGCAAGAGGAGAUCUCGGUGCCGAGCUUCCCAUUGAGGAAGUUCCACUUCUACAGGAAGAGAUUAUACGACUGUGCCGCAGCAUGGGAAAAGCUGUGAUUGUGGCAACAAACAUGCUAGAGAGCAUGAUUGUUCACCCAACACCAACACGAGCCGAGGUUUCUGAUAUUGCCAUUGCCGUUCGAGAGGGUGCUGAUUCUGUUAUGCUUUCUGGGGAAACGGCUCAUGGGAAAUUUCCCCUCAAAGCUGUCAAGGUUAUGCACACUGUUUCCUUGAGAACUGAAGCGACCAUGGUUGGUGCUAUUGCUCAAACAUCGCAUAGUCUUGGUCAAGUAUUCAAGAACCAUAUGAGUGAAAUGUUUGCAUUUCAUGCUACCAUGAUGUCUAAUACUCUCGGGACUUCUAUUGUAGUCUUCACUAGAACUGGAUUUAUGGCCAUCCUGCUGAGCCAUUAUCGGCCUUCUGGGACAAUAUUCGCAUUCACAAACGAUAAGAGGGUACAACAAAGGCUUGCAUUGUACCAAGGUGUAUGCCCACUGUAUAUGAAGUUCUCUGAUGAUGCAGAGAAGACAUUCUCAGAUGCUUUAACAUUUCUGCAAAAACAGGGAAUGGUGAAGGAAGGGGACGAUAUUGCUAUUGUGCAAAGCGGAAAGCAGCCCAUUUGGCGAUCUCCUUCAACCCACAAUAUUCAGGUUAGAACCGUUUAGAGAUAAGAACGACAGUCAUGCUUCCAUCCUACAUUUACGCAGGGGCAAAAAAUGGACGAUCUGGAGUUCCCGAGUUUACAACAUAUUUUAGGUAGUAGAAGCAAUGUGAUGCAUACAUCAAAAAUAACGUGCUGCUGUUCAGCCAUGAUUAAAUCGCGCCUCUAAAUGAUGCGCUAUAUGCAAUAUCUGCACUGCAGGCACAUCCUAGUUAGAUUUAGAGUUUAGUGUUAGUUUCGACUCGGUGUUACCGGAUAGCCGAUCUUUUAGUAUCUUGGCUGUGUUUAUUCAGCCAUAUAGUUCAAAUUUGAUAGUGAUGUUUUGGAUUGUGUCCCCUAAACAGUAUUUCAGAGUUGUGUUCCCCUAGACAGUCCAUAACUGAUUCGUCUAUUCGAACUUGUGUGAUGUUUUAGAUUGCAGCAGCUAGUUUUUGGAGAGACUGUCUCUUUGAGAAAUGUAUUUUAAGCCCAACCAAUGAAAGAUUAAUGCCUACUUACCGUAAUUUUAAUGCCUA